UCCAGAUGCUGCUGCAGCGUCCCCUGGCUCGGUCACUGGCUCCUGGUCCCCAUGAUCCUGCUGUGGCUGCUCUGUGCCGGGGUCACAGGCCAGGAAUUCUGCAGUUCCCCAGGUGAUCUCCCUGCACCUCAGCUGUUCCUGAAUCCGACGUCGGCUCAGGAUGGGGAGACCGUUUUAGCCCGCUGUGCACAGUUUCGAUAUGCUAAUAUUACCAGAGUUUUUUUCUGCAAAGACGGGGUGGCUCUUUCCAACCAAAAAUUUGAAACAGGCCAAGCUAGUUACACAUUCCUCUUGAAUGUCUCCAUGCAGAGCGAAGGGCGCUACUCCUGUAGGUAUCAGAUCAAGGAUGAGAAAAACAAGGAAGUCAAUUCUGCUCUCAGCGCCCCCUUGCAACUGAAGGUCACAGAGAGAAAGGCUUUCCCUGACCAGCCAGAGAAAACUCCACCUACGGGACAUGGACUGACCGUAGAGCUCAUACUGGGCAUUGCAGUUGGCGUUGCAGUUGGUUCCUGUUUGAUUCUGGCUCCAGUGGCUUAUAUUCUGCUGAAAAAAUUUGCACCUAAACAGAGAAGUAAAAGGGAACCAGGUGUAAGCCACAGAACCGAGAACGCGGGCACAGAUGAUCAGAUUCAGUAUGCCACCAUCGGCGCGUUUGGUGCAGCCAGGAUUCCUCGGGCACAGGAAGGCGUGACUGCAACAUACGCUGUCAUAGGAAAAGCCCCUGGCUGGCCCAGAUAAUCCACUGGCUUCUGAAACAUGUGGCUCAGGCUGCACUUCCGGUCUGCACUGACUCUGAAAUGGCGGGUGCCAGAGUCCACUAGGUUAAUCACUGAGUAGCCUGAGAACUUUACCACGUUUUAGGGAAAGUCUUUUCUGCUCCAUGUCUCUGUCUUUAGACCCUGCUCCCCAAGAUCUCAGCGCCCACUGCCUGCAUUUCUCUUAGCCUCCCCCCUCACUGCUCCCCUCCUUCAUCUGGAGUUUUCUAGU